UUGUACGUGAGUCAGUUGUUAAAUCAGCCGAAAGUAUGUUAUUUUUGUAAAAUACGAUCAAAUUUUAAAAAAUUCAGACUGAUACAAAGUCAAUUACCUAAAUAUCGAAGUGAAACUUGUCCACAGGUCCCUAAAAUCGACAUCACACAAACUUAUUUAUAGACAAACUAUUUCAAAGAAAACAAAAUGGAUAAACUUCGAAGAGUUUUAACUGGAAAUGAAUCUCCAGAUGAGGAGAGUGGAAUAAUGUCACAAUUAGAUGAUGCUACCACCUUAAGUUGGUCCACAAGACUAAAAGGCUUUUUGGCAUGUUUCAUAAUAGGCAUAUUACUGUCGUUUUUGGGUUCGUUUGCUUUAUUUUUAAAUAGAGGUUUGCCAGUUUUUGCAGUAUUUUACACCUUAGGAAAUGUCACGUCCCUUCUCAGCACAUGCUUCCUCAUGGGACCAUUUAAGCAGGUUAAGAAAAUGUUCGCUUCCAAUAGAUAUAUAGCCACGAUUUUAGUUUUAGUUGCUUUUGUUCUUACGCUGAUCUCGGCGUUAGUGCUGAAAAAUGCAGUGCUAGCACUCUUGUUCAUUAUCAUACAAUCGCUAGCGAUGACUUGGUACUCGUUGUCGUACAUCCCAUACGCCAGAGACGCUGUCAAGAAAACAGUGAUGACUUGCAUAGUGUAAAUAACUGUGUCUUAACUUAAGUGUGAUAAAUAAUUGUAAAUGACGGUGGACAAGGAAAACAUCGGUCUAUUUUCGUAAGCCUAAAUAACAGAAUUUUAUUCAUAAAUUAAUGCCAAGUAUUGAUAUCUAUUAUUGUAAUUAUUUAUUUAAUUUUAAUAUACCUUGUUUUAUUUUU